AUGGAAGCGGGCGACUUGGCAUGGUGGCUAGGCAUCCUGCUCGGCGCCGUCCCGCUGCUGGCUUUCGCAGUCUGGCACUGCAACGACGCUUUCUACUGCGCCGCCUUCGCGCUGCGCCGUCGUGGGCUUGACCGCCGGCUCCCGCCGGGCCACAUGGGUCUCCCAUUCUUCGGUGAGACAGGGGCCAUGCUAUGGCGCUUCAAGGUGACGCGCCGCCCCGACGGCUUCAUCGAGGCGAGGAAGAAGGCGUACGGAGAAGGCGUGGGCAUGUACAGGUCCCACCUCUUCGGCCACCCGACUAUCGUCGUCUGCCUCCCGUCGGUCAACAGGUUCGUUCUGCAGGCCCACGACAGCUUCUGGGUCCGCUGGCCGGCCAAGGACCUCCUUGGCCUGUCGUCCAUGUUCAACGCCGAGGGGAGCGCGCACACCAGAAUCAGGGGAUAUGUCGUCGCGUCCUUCAGCCAGCCCAGGUCACUCCGGAACAUCGCGCGGGUCGCGCAGCCGCGCGUCGCGGCGGCGCUGCGGUCGUGGGCUGAAAAGGGAACCAUCACCGCCGCUACAGAGUUCAGGAAACUCAUGUUCGAGUGCACCUGCGAGAUAUUUAUAAGCAUGAAGCCGUCACCUCUCGCAGCAAAGAUGGAUAAAUGGUUUGCCGGCAUACUUGACUCGCUGAGAGCAUUGCCGGUGGACUUACCGGGAACAGCGCUGAACCAUGGUCGAAAGUGUCGACGGAAGCUAAACGCAGUGUUCCAAGUGGAGCUUGAGAAGAGGAGGAAGCAGGAGAAACGCGGUCAUGUGGGGGAAGAAGACUAUGCUGAUGAUUUGAUGAGUGGGCUAAUGAACAUGGUAGACGAUCAAGGGAAGAAGUUGACUGAUGAAGAAGUUUUGGACAACAUAGUUUCCCUCGUUGCCGGAGGUUACGAGUCCACUGCCAGUGCCAUCUUAUGGGCUACUUACCACUUAGCCCAAUCCCCAGAUGUCCUUGCCAAGCUACGGGAAGAGAAUUUCACGUUGAGUAGGGGUAACAAUUCAAAUUUCAUUAGCCGUGAUGACAUCACCAAGAUGAAGUACACGGCUAAGGUAGUCGAAGAAGCAAUUCGGUUGGCCAACAUUGCUCCCAUGGUACAUCGUGUUGCAUACAGGGACAUCGAAUAUGGGGGUUAUACGAUACCGCAAGGUUGGCAAGUUGUGGUGUGGCUGCGCUCCAUGCAUAUCGAUGAAAAAUACUAUCAGGAUCCACUUACCUUCAACCCGGACAGAUGGGAUAAUCCACCAAAGGCGGUCACAAAUCAGGUAUUUGGAGCUGGUAGCAGGACGUGCGCGGGCAACAGGCUCGCCAGGCUGCAGAUCACCAUCAUGCUGCAUCAUAUGUCAAUUGGUUACGAAUGGGAGAUGCUUAAUCCAGAUGCGCGUCUUACUUACAUUCCACAACCGACGCCGGUUGAUGGCGCACCAAUGGCAUUCCGUAAACUUAGUACAACGCACGAGGCGGCGCACGCCUACGACGUUGUCGCCUGGCGCCUCGGCCGCCCCCGCCGCCACAUGAAUUUCGACGACGUUUGGAUGCGCGAGCAGGCGGAGAUGCUCGCGCCGCCAUCGUCGGCCGUCACGAGCGAGCAGCAGCGGCGCAACCGCGAGCUUGAGCAGCGCCUGCGCAUCGCGGAGCAGGACGAGCGCAUCCACCUAGAGUGGGCGCGCGCGUUCUCGGAGGACGUCACCGCGAUGGAGGCGUUCUACGCGCAGAAGAAGGAGCUAUAA